GUGCGGGGACUGCGGUGGCCCGGCCGCUGCGGCAGCCGCAGAGCCAGCGCGGCUCCAGCUCCGGCUCUCGGGCAUUUAAAGGGGACGCGCGGCGGCCCGGGCAGGGGGGGGAUGGAAGGCAGGUGGAGGGGACGGCCCAGACGCACAUCAUCCACGGCCCCUCCGGACCGGAGGCACUCGUGAGCCGGAGCCCAGAAAUCCGAGGGUGGAUGAGACACCGCGUCCCCUCCGAUUCCCGGGAGUGGAAGAGAGAUGGAAAGACUGAGAGAAAUAUCAGUGUGAGAGGAACUUGUCAACUGGUUGCCUCCUGCACAAGCCCCGACCUAGGUGCCAGGGAGGAGCCUGCAACCGAGCCUGCCGGAGAAGUUCGGAGAUCCUGUGCUCCUUUUAUCUGAGGAACUCUUUUGGACGGCACAAAAUGAUUUGAUCAUUCAGGACAAAACUGCUCUAGAGGAGCUCCGGACGGCGGCUAGAGCCCAGCAGUCCCUACAGGUGGUGCUCGGGGCGGUGCACCAACAAUGAGCGGGUGUUUUCCGGUUGCUGGCCUCCGAUGCCUGUCUAGGGUAUGUCGUGGCCUGGCGCGGGAGGCUCCUACCUCCCCAAGCCCCAUUGCUUCUGCUGCUCGCUUGCUUCGGACUCUGGCACGAACCCCACCCGCUGACACGGUCCUUCCGGGGAAUUGGUCUUGGAUGUGCCAGCGCCUCUGGCCGAGGCCUGCUAACCAGCCUCUCCCGGGUCGGCGCCCGCCGCGCCCGCUCUCGCUUGCUCCCUCCUCCUCCUCCUGCUGCUCUUCUUCCCCCUGCUCCCAGGACGGCGGCAUGGCGGUGCAGGGCGCGCCGCGCUUCCUCCUGACCUUCGAUUUCGACGAGACGAUCGUGGACGAGAACAGCGACGACUCGAUCGUGCGCGCCGCGCCGGGCCAGCGGCUGCCGGAGAGCCUGCGCGCCACCUACCGCGAGGGCUUCUACAACGAGUACAUGCAGCGCGUCUUCCAGUACCUGGGCGAGCAGGGCGUGCGGCCGCGGGACCUGCGUGUCGUCUACGAGGCCAUCCCCCUGUCCCCGGGCAUGGGCGACCUGCUGCAGUUUGUGGCCAAGCAGGGAGCCUGCUUCGAGGUGAUUCUCAUCUCGGAUGCCAACACCUUCGGCGUGGAGAGCGCUCUGCGCGCCGCCGGCCACCUGGGCCUGUUCCGCCGCAUCCUCAGCAACCCGUCGGGGCCCGACGCGCGGGGGCUGCUGGCGCUGCGGCCCUUCCACACGCACAGCUGCGCGCGGUGCCCCAGCAACAUGUGCAAGCACAAGGUGCUCAGCGACUACCUGCGCGAGCGGGCCCAGGACGGCGUGCACUUCGAGCGCCUUUUCUACGUGGGCGACGGCGCCAACGACUUCUGCCCCAUGGGGCUGCUGGCCAGCGGCGACGUGGCCUUCCCGCGCCGCGGCUACCCCAUGCACCGCCUCAUCCAGGAGGCGCAGAAGGCCGAGCCCAGCUCCUUCCGCGCCACCGUGGUGCCCUGGGAGACCGCCCACGACGUGCGCCUCCAUCUGCAGCAGGUGCUGAAGGCGUGCUGAGACGGCUGCCUGCAGGGGGCGCCCCGACGAGGAGUGAGGAAGGGAGAUCGGGAGAGACAAAUCUAGUUUUUUAACUUCCUUUCCCUUUCGCUUUGGUGUGUCCCCCCGGGGAAUUUCUAGAAUUCCAUGCCCGUCCAUUCGGGGGGCUGAAGGAGGGAGUUCAGAGCCACCCGAACUACCCAUGCAGUUAAACCAGCGCGGCUGCCUCCCUCAGAUCCACAGCAAACAGUUACCUUCUGGAGUGUGGCCCAACCCGGGUGAUGCGCAUUCCCGGGAAGGCAGCAGCGUUUCCUAAAGGCUCGUCCUCUGAACUGGGAGGAAGAGGUUCCCUUGCAGGCGAGAGAACGUUAAACGGCUGCCCGUAACUCCCCCUCUCCCGGGCUUAGGUCAAGGAGAAAUCCUCCCGCAUUGGCCUCCCCGCGGAAAGAGAGGAAGCUUUCCGCCGACAGCCCCAGCCUAGAUCUCGUGUCACCUACCGCGAUCCCACACACUACGUCCCUUUUCUUGCCUCCCUUCCCCGCGCAUCCGGCCAGCAACCCCAAAGGAAGAAAAGCCAGAUGGAACAGUCGCCUCCUGGUGGUGGAACGAGGCAGCACACUGUCCGGCUUGGGUCGGAGCCGCCGGGAACCUCGCAGCGGUGCCUCGGUGUCUUCUCACACCCCAGCCUCGUCUAUGCAACAAGACCAGGGACAACCAAAGUCACCCCCGUGGGCUGGGCCCUCUGCGGCCCCUCCUCUCCUAUGGAACAGAAAGCCAUGAUGUUUUAAAGCAGAGCCAGGGAAACCCAAGCCCCUCCUCUUUGGUGUUUCUGAGCUAUUAAAGCAGGUGAAGGGGGA